UAAAUAAGUAAAGAAUUAUAAAAAAUAAAAAUUUAAAAAUAAAUAAAAGUAACUGACAAAAGAUUAAUUAAAAAUUAUUAAAUUAUAUUGAUUAAUGUCUAUUAAAAAUCAAUCGCACUACAAGUAAUGAUUAUUAACUAAGUUUAAAACAAAGCAAAUUCAAUAAAGUCAUGAAAAUGGAAACAAUUUUAACAAAAAGCAUUGUAUAUCGCAGCUCUAUGAACUUGUUUUCAUAUUUUUCUCCAAUAACCCUUCUCUUACUGGGAUUAAUAACUUACUUUGUGAUACUUUACAAUAAAAAAAGAGCGCGGUUAGUAAAAUUUGUCGAUAAACUUCCUGGGCCAGCAGCAUUGCCUUUGAUAGGAAAUACUAUCGAAGUAAAUGUGGAUCAUGACGAUAUACUGAAUAGAUUUAUUGUAUUGACUAAGUGUUGGGGGCGACGUGGACUUACAAGAGCAUGGAACGGUCUUCGGCCAAUGGUUUUUAUUGAUAAAGCAUCAGCAGCAGAACCCAUUCUUAGCAGUAAUAAACACAUUGAUAAAAGUCCGGAAUACGAUUACCUGCAUUCAUGGCUUGGUACUGGUUUAUUAACCUCUUCUGGAAAAAAGUGGCAUUCAAGAAGAAAGAUCUUAACUCCCUCUUUUCAUUUUAAAAUAUUGGAUGAUUUUAUUGAAAUAUUUCAUGAACAAGCUUCUGUGAUGGUCAAAAAAUUACAAAAAGAAGUUGACAACCCAGGCUUUAAUUUGUUUCCAUACGUAACAUUAUGUACCUUAGACAUAAUAUGUGAAACUGCGAUGGGAAUAAGAGUAAAUGCUCAAGAAUGUUCUGACUCCGACUAUGUUAAAGCCGUGUAUCAAAUUGGAUCAAUUGUAUUGAAUCGCCAAUCUAAAAUAUGGUUGCAGCCAGAAUAUCUGUUUAAAUUAACAACCGAAUACAACCGUCAUAAGCGCUGCAUUGAAAUUUUACAUGGUGUAUCAAAUAAAGUCAUUAAGGAACGAAAAGAAGAGAUUUUGAGAAAAAAGAACAACAACAAUAAUAAUAACAUAAACGAAAAUAACAAUAAUAUACUUACAAUAAAUAAACAAUGCACUAUGGAAGAAGAAAUUGGUGAAAAAAAACGGUUAGCUUUCUUAGAUUUGCUGAUUGAAGCUUCAAAAGAUGGAACAGUGCUCUCCAAUGAAGAUAUUCGAGAGGAAGUUGAUACUUUCAUGUUUGAAGGUCAUGAUACAACAUCGGCAGCUAUAUCUUGGACCGUUUUUCUAGUAGGAUCAAAUAAGAACAUUCAAGAUAGGGUAUACGAAGAACUGUAUACAAUUUUUGGUGACGAUACUGAUCGGCCCGCAACAAUGAAAGAACUAAAUGAUAUGAAAUAUUUAGAAUGUUGUAUCAAAGAAGCACUUCGACUGUUUCCCAGUGUUCCAAUGAUGGCACGUCACCUUAAUGAAGAUGUUCAAAUUGGUGAAUACAUGAUUCCACGGGGCUCAACAGCAUUAAUUUGCACGUAUAUGCUACAUCGUGAUCCUCAAGUAUAUAAAAAUCCCGAAGCAUUUGAUCCUGAAAGAUUCACUCCAGAAAAUACUAAAGGGAGACACCCUUAUUCAUAUAUACCUUUUUCAGCAGGGCCACGAAAUUGCAUUGGUCAGAAAUUUGCAAUUUUAGAGGAAAAAAUAAUACUAUCAUCAAUUUUUCGCAAAUAUAUUGUGGAAACUUGUGACCGACGAGAAGAUUUGACCAUAUUAUGCGAACAGAUUCUUCGACCAAAGCACGGACUUCGUGUGAAAAUCACAUCAAGAAAUUAAGCAAUUUCAACAGUUUUUCACAAAACAAUAGAAGAACUUACAUAUUUUUAUGGAUGAAUUGAAUGAUUGGCAUAUGAAAUAAUUUUAAGCUACUACCUAAUUUUAAAAUAAAGAUUUAUUCAUCAAUUUAAUAUUUCAAAUCAUA